CCCGACUGCUACUAUUCUUGUUCGACCAGAUGUUAUAGCCAAUCAUUCGAAAUGUUAUACUGAACCGAAAUACAAAAUCAUAUAAAAGAACAUUAUCCAUUGUGAAUCAGUAGUUCUUUCUCAGUAGCUAAACUCAAUUCAAUACAAAAUGAAAUUCACCAUUGUCCUCCUUGCCUGUCUUUUGGCUUUCGCUUAUGCCAACGAAGAAGCUGAAGUUGUCAAGGAAUACUCCGAAGUCAAUCCUGAAGAUUUCAAAUAUGGCGUCGAAUUGACCAACCACAUCCGUGCCGAACAGGAAGGUCAUUUGCAAGAUAAGGACAACUGGCUCGUCAAGGGUGAAUACGAAUAUGUCUCCAAGGAGGGCAAACACGUUAAGGUUACCUACACCGCCGAUGAACACGGUUACCACCCCAAUGUUGAACAAUAAAUUUUCAAAAAAGAAAAAGGAAAUAUAUUUUGCAAAUGAAAAAUCA